UUUUUGCUCUAGAGGCCGACUCUGGCGAGCGGGUGGUGGCCGCAGGCUGGGUGGGAGCGGUGCCGCGCCUUCGCAGGUAGGCGAAGUGGUUCCCGGCUGCCGGGCUAGCCUGGGACGGCCUCGCCUUCUGCCUCCUCCGUCGCGUCGCGGCGGGAACUGUUGGCCGCGCGGCCUCGGAAAUGACCGGGGUCCCCGCCCUCAGAUCCUGGGCAGAUAACAUAGAUCAUCAGUAGAAAACUUCCUGAAGUUGUUCAAGAAAAAUUUGAAAGUAGCGUAAUAGAAAAACAAAGAGAAUUAACAGCAGAUACAGAGGACAGCCUGGAAAUUUUACUCCAUUCAUUCAUUUAACAAAUUCAUUCAACAAACCCUUGUUGAAUACCUUCUCUGUGCCAGGUGUUGUCUUAGGAAACAGAACACAGCAGUGAAGAAACAGACAAACUCUUCUGCUCACAGGCAACUGGAGCUGAUGAUGUCUUCCGGCUCCAGUGUGUUUAGAGUUGGGAUCUCUUUUGCCAUAAUGUGCAUUUUUUACGUGCCAACAAUAGACUCUUUACCAGAACUGAGUCCUCAGAAAUAUUUUAGUACAUUGCAACCAGGAAAAGCCUCUUUAGCUUAUUUUUGUCAAGCUGAUUCCCCAAGAACAUCUGUAUUUCUUGAAGAACUGAAUGAGGCUGUUAGACCUCUGCAGGACUAUGGAAUUUCAGUUGCCAAGGUUAAUUGUGUCAAAGAAGAAACAUCAAGAUACUGUGGAAAAGAAAAGGAUUUGAUGAAAGCAUAUUUAUUCAAGGGCAAUAUAUUGCUCAGAGAAUUCCCUACUGACACCUUGUUUGAUGUGAAUGCCAUUGUUGCUCAUGUUCUCUUUGCUCUUCUUUUUAAUGAAGUGAAAUAUAUUACCAACCUGGAAGACCUUCAAAACAUAGAAAAUGCUCUGAAAGGAAAAGCAAAUAUUGUAUUCUCAUAUGUAAGAGCCAUUGGAAUACCAGAGCACAGGGCAGUCAUGGAAGCCGCUUUUGUGUAUGGGACUACAUACCAAUUUGUCUUAACCACAGAAAUUGCCCUUUUGGAAAGUAUUGGCUCUGAGGAUGUGGAAUAUGCACGUCUCUACUUUUUUCAUUGUAAACUAGUCUUGGACUUGACCCAGCAAUGUAGAAGAACACUAAUGGAACAGCCAUUGACUACACUGAACAUUCACCUGUUUAUUAAGAUAAUGAAGGCACCUCUGUUGACUGAAGUUGCUGACGAUCCUCAACAAGUUUCAACUGUUCAUCUCCAACUAGGCUUACCACUGGUUUUUAUUGUUAGCCAACAGGCUACAUAUGAAGCUGAUAGAAGAACUGCAGAAUGGGUUGCUUGGCGUCUUCUGGGAAAAGCAGGAGUUCUGCUCUUGUUAAGGGACUCUUUGGAAGUGAACAUUCCUCAACAUGCUAAUGUGGUCUUCAAAAGAGCAGAAAAGGGAGUUCCAGUGGAAUUUUUGGUAUUACGUGAUGUUGAUUUAAUAAUAUCCCAUGUGGAAAAUAAUAUACACGUUGAGGAAAUACAAGAAGAUGAAGACGAUGACGUGGAAGGUCCAGAUAUAGUUACUCAGGAUGAUGAAGUGGCAGAAACUGUUUACAGAGAUAGGAAGAGGAAAUUACCUUUGGAACUGACAGUGGAACUAACAGAAGAAACAUUUAAUGCAACAGUGAUGGCUUCUGACAACAUAGUACUCUUCUAUGUUGAUUGGCAAGCAGUAUCCAUGGCAUUUUUACAAUCCUAUAUUGAUGUGGCAAUUAAACUGAAAGGCACAUCUACUAUGCUUCUUACUAGAAUAAACUGUGCAGAUUGGCCUGAUGUAUGUACUAAGCAAAAUGUUACUGAAUUUCCUUUUGUAAAGAUGUACAAGAAAGGCAAGAACCCAGUAUCUUACACUGGAAUGCUAGGAACUGAAGAUCUCCUAAAAUUUAUCCAACUCAAUAGGAUUUCAUAUCCAGUGAAUAUAACAUCGAUCCAAGAAGCAGAGGAAUAUUUAAGUGGGGAAUUAUAUAAAGACCUGAUCUCCUAUUCUAGUAUGUCAGUAUUGGGACUAUUUAGUCCAAACAUGACAACAGCAAAAGAAGAUUUUAGUGAAGCAGGAAACUACCUAAAAGGAUAUGUUAUCACUGGAAUUUAUUCUGAAGAAGAUGUUUCGCUACUGUCAAACAGAUAUGCUGCAACUCUUCCAGCCCUGCUGCUUGCCAGACACACAGAAGGCAAAAUAGAGAGCAUCCCACUAGCUAGCACUCAUGCACAAGAUGUAGUUCAAAUAAUAACAGAUGCAUUACUGGAAACAUUUCCAGAAAUCACUGUGGAAAAUCUUCCCAGUUAUUUCAGACUUCAGAAACCAUUACUGAUUUUGUUCAGUGAUGGCAGCAUAAAUCCUCAAUAUAAAAAUGCAAUAUUGACACUGGUAAAGCAGAAAUACUUGGAUUCAUUUACUCCUUGCUGGUUAAAUCUAAAGAAUACUCCAGUGGGGAGAGGAAUCUUGCGGGCAUAUUUUGAUCCUCUGCCUCCUCUUCCUCUUCUUGUUUUGGUGAAUCUGCAUUCAGGUGGCCAAGUAUUUGCAUUUCCUUCAGACCAGGCUAUAAUUGAAGAAAACCUUGUAUUGUGGCUGAAGAAAUUAGAAGUAGGACUAGAAAAUCCUAUCACAAUUUUACCUGCUCAGGAAUGGAAACCUCCUCUUCCAGCUUACGAUUUUCUAAGUAUGAUGGAUGCUGCAACAUCUCAACAUGACACUGAGAAAGUUCCCAAGUGUAUGAAAGAAACAGAUGUGCAGGAGAAUGAUAAGGAACAAUAUGAAGAUAAAUCGGCAGUCAGAAAAGAACCAAUUGAAACUCUGAGAAUAAAGCAUUGGAAUAGAAGUAAUUGGUUUAAAGAAGCAGAAAAAUCAUUUAAGUGUGAUAAAGAAUUAUGAUGCUCGAAAGUGAACUAAUUUUAUAGAGCUUUGGUUUCCAAAGUCUUUUUUUUAGCAUGGUAGACUUAAUUUAUUUCCUUAAAGAAUGAUACUAAAUCAUUCAAGUUUGUAGACUAGUGUCGUCUGUUAGAAUUAUAAUAAAAGUCACACGUUUUAUUUAAAAAUUUCUAGUAACUACAUUAAACAAAGUAAAAGUGAGCAGAGCAUAAUUUUCAUGGGUUUUUUUUUUUGUUUGUUUGUUUGUUUUGUUUUUUUGUUUUUGUUUUUGUUUUAGAGACAGGGUUUCACCAUAUUGGUCACACUGGUCUCGAACUCCCAACCUCUGGUGAUCGGCCUCCCAAAGUACUGGGAUUACAGGCAUGAGCCACUGUGCCCAGCUCUUGAUGUUAUUUUUCACCCAAUAGUGUACCCCAAAUAGCUAAAUUAAUAUAAAAAUUAAUAAUGAGGUAUUUUACAUUCUUUUUUAUACCAAGUCUUCAAAAUGCAAUACGUAUUUUACACUUACUGCAUUUCUUACUUCGGAGUAGCCAUAUUUCAAGUGUUCAUCAGCCACAUAUGGCCUGUGACUACUGUAUUGGACAGUUCAGUACCAGACAAAAACUAGCAUAAUUAACUUAGUUCUAGCCAUGAUUUGUAUUUGGAUUAAAACAAAAAUAUAACUCUAAAUACAGUUAACUCUGCAGUGCAUUCAUGCAGCUGGCAGUUAUAUUUGUUUUGUUGUAGUCAUGAUAUUAAUAUCAGUGUUUGUCAACCUGGGGGCAGUUCGGCUCCCCAGGGGAUAUUUGGCAAUGUCGGGAGACGUUUUUGAUGUCAUGACUAGGGCAGUUAUUGGCAUUUAGUGGAUAGAGGCCGGGGAUGCUGCUAAAUAACCUACAUUUGACAGCCCCCCACAACAAAGACUUAUCCUGCCUAAAAUGUCAGUAGUGCCAAGGUCCAGUAACCUUGUGUUAAACUAACCUGUGGCAGACGAGGUUUCCAGAAUUUCCUGGUCCUGCUCAAGUAUUAUGUUUGAAAAAUUUUGGUUAUUAAAAAUAUCUAUUAGAUGGUCUUAUCCUUAUUAUUACCUGGAUACAAUUUUAUCUUUUCUAAUGAAUCAAUUUUUAUAAUAUUUUCAGAAAGUAAUAGUAUAACCCUAAAAGAGGACUCAGAAUGAUACUUACAUUUUAAGGGAGUCUUAAAACCUUCUCUUACUUCUACAAGUUAUUUGGCUAAAUUUCAGAUUGAACAGGAAGUCAGCAUUCUGCCAUCGCCUCAGGCAAAGAGAGGCUCCCUCAUUUGAAGCAUCUCUGAAAUCUACCCUUGCAAGCUUCAGACAUACCAGUUGGUCUCCCUGAGCCAUAUGGCCUCAUCUAUGUGAGAAGGAAAGAUUAGUCAAAUAGUUAAUUUUCGUUCCAAAUCACUUAGUUGUUAGACUGAUCUGUUUAUAGCAGUUGUUUGUCUCAUUUUUGCUGUGCGUUGAGACUUUUGUUGAGAAUAUUCUAUUUGGUGCUCCACUGUAUUUUUCCUUUUAAUAUCUACUUGGUAUCUUGUUCUUUAAAUUUUCUUCACAUAUGGUUUGCCUGGUACAACUGAGUAUUAUAACUGGAAUUUAAAGAAUCAUAAACAGCUAAAAUUCACCAAGUGCAUAUAUUUCCUUAUAACAUAGACCCUUUGCUACUCUCAGCACCCUCUCCUCAGUUUUUUCCCUGUAGCAUGUGAUGCCUUAUUAUUUCAACUCAUUUUCAUUUGCUAUUAUUUCUAAUAUGGGAAAUAUGGAGUGAACUCUAAAUGCAGUUUGUAGUAAUAAAACAUCAUUAGCAUAAUCAUUAGAAAAUGCUAAUUAAGUACCACCACACAGAAGCAUGAAAUCGACUAGUCAUUGUACCUUUGUCAGCAAUUUUGACAGACAUGUUUGUAAUUUAAAUAAAGUAUCUGGGUUUCGGGCUGCCUUCACAAUCC